UUUAUGUGGGAAUUUUCUAUUCUAUAUGAAAUGUCAAUGCUUUUAUCCAACUGGGUCACAUCGUUGCAUUAAAGUACAUUAUUAUACAUCCCUGGAGUAGUCAACAAACAGCUGUUUGCUUUUGAUUGUUUACAACCGCACAAAUUAAAUAGAAAAUGCAUUUAAAUCUUAGAAGCGUAGACUGAUUAAUCUUAUAUUUUAAGUCAAUGUACCCCUUUUAUGUACCCUAGAAAAAGGAAACCAAAAUUACUAAUAUGACCAAAAAGAUUUUAAUGGUGUGCAUGGGCAACAUUUGUCGUUCCCCCAUGGCAGAGGCAAUAAUGCGAAGAGCUCUUGAACGUACAAAGGCAACCGAUGAAUGGUUUGUUGAUAGCGCUGCCCUGGUUGGUUACCAUAGUGGUUGCUUGCCCGAAGAGCGUGCAUUAGAUGUUUUACAAAAACAUGGCAUAACCUACAGCAAAGAAGCUCGGGUUAUAAGACCUGACGAUUUUCUAGAGUUUGAUUUUAUUUUUGGUAUGGAUUCAGAUAAUGUGGCAGAAUUAAAGAAAAUAUCACCUUCUAAUUGUAAAGCAAAAAUAAUGCUAUUGGGUACAUACGGCUUGGCUGAAACGGAGAAGAACAUACAUGAUCCUUACUAUUUUUUAGGUGAAGCACCAUUUGAGGAAGUUUACGAGAAGUGUGUGGUAGCCUGUAAUGCUUUUAUACAGGAUGUUGUUUUAAAAAACCCGAGUUGCAGCUGAAAAAGAUGUAAUCUAACGGAAACAACGAGGAACAAAUGCUGAAAAAUAUUACUUAAACAUUUUUGACUUUGAAGAAGAAACUUUAAUCUAAGUACUGAACAGAAAUAUGAAUGAUGUUGAAGUUAA